CGCCGUCGCCACCGCAGUGUUUUCCUACGAACAUCGAAGCCCAUGUUCGCGAGACCGAUCAUGUUCGCCGGACUCGGACAGAAGUACCGCAGAGUGUUCGGGGCGUCCGUGACGCCCGCGACUCUGUCGGCGCCGCCGAUGACGGGCCCCUUCGUCGCCCCGCCUAACCGUCGAGACGAUUACGCGGCUUCUGCCAAGGACGAGGAUGCCACCCGCGAUCGUUCCGACACUCCGCCCGUGAUCAAGAAAGCUCGACUGUACACCGAGGACAAAUGGAAUAGAAACUGGCUGUUCAAACGCGAGAUCAAUUUCGCGAGACAUCCGAUUCGAAUAUUAGGAAGACGAUAUCCGUUGACCAAGACGGCGUACAAGUACAUCGACAUCGCCGUAGCCGUGAAGCGCAAAUCUCAAGUCGACAUCGUCUUAGGAGACUGCCAUGAAAAGGAGAUAUCUCUGACGCCCGACAUGUGGAAGGAUCUGCUCGCUCUGCGCAACGAUAUACUGCCGUAUUUCGAGAACGAUUUGGACGAGGCUGUGGCGCGCCCUCCGACGUCCAUAAUCGUCGGAACUGUGACGCUUCGAUUCGGCAAGAUAAACAAUCUGAAGACGCUGCGAUUCGAGAUGCCGAAGAAUCGCAUCGCUCUGUCGCACUCCACCGUGAAGGCGCUGUUCGUUCUCGAGCUAUGCGUCAAUCACAUCAUCGCGUCGUUGACCGGCAUACUCGAGACCGUAGACGCUAAGUUAUCGCGUUUUCUAGAUAUCGCGACAAAGACCGACCACCCCGGCGAUAUUCCGGAAGCGAUUCGUCGACACGAGCACUUCAACGCGAACGAUCUGAUCGACUGCGAGUUACACGCUCUGCUAUUCGGACUCUAUCACAAUUUGUAAAACGCUACGCGCGACGAAUAAAUGUAUCGCGAUCUCAAACCGUAUACUUACCCGUAUAACUGCGCUCGAAUGAGGCGAAACGAUCGCGAGUACCGAUAUUAUUCUCGACGUAUGUAUCUACGCAUGUAACUUCAUGACAUAAUAAAAAAAUUUUACACGUAAU